CGUGAAUUUAAUCGUGAUAACUUCUACAAUAUGGCUGACAUGUGGAAGGUCAUUGUUGGCUUGAUAUGCCUCGCUCUGACGUGUUUUGCCUGUGAUGACAUGGACACAGCAGCCUGUCAGCGUCUGGCCUCCUCCAAACCAGACAUGUGUAAUGACACAUGUUAUGCCUCUAUAUGUCAGCGGUACUGUGGACUAUGUCCACUGAAAUGUUAUUCCUGUGCAGAUAUUUCAUCAACACAGAUGUGUAACAACACCAUUGAGUGUCCAAGCCAAGACUACCAAUGCAUAUCUGCAGCAUCCUUCACAAAUGAUUUCCGAGAAGUUUAUAAACUAGGCUGUGCCCCUAAGGCGGUAUGUUCUCAUUAUGGAAAACGUUCAUUGAGUAAAAGAGCAGGAACUUCCUGUUGUACAUCAGACCUCUGUAAUCACAAUGACGGCAGCAAGAGAGAGGUGAAGGUCAAAUCCUCUCAAACAGCUGUCAGGCGUCAGAGUGGAUCCUCAGUUUGUGCUGACGCCGACAAUCUGGCUUGUACCUUACUAUUCACCGUUAAUACCCACAUGUGUAAUAAUGACUGUAUAGCAGAUCAUAUCUGUCCAAGGCUGUGUGGAAAAUGCAGCGAGUGUUAUGAAUGUGAACACGUGUCUUCAGCCGAGAAUUGCACUGUGUCACGUGUCUGUGAUCCUGGAGAGGUUUGUUACACACUAGAAACAUUGAAUUUCAACCUGGAACAUGGCUACCGACUUGGAUGUGUUCAUCAAAGGAUAUGUGACAACCUGCAUACACAAGCAAGUUCUAUAUUUGGACGACGAGCCAGUUGGAACCCAGAGCUGUCAUUGACAGGAGGUUGUUGUCAUGGAGAUCUGUGUAAUCAUCAUCAACUGGUCCCAGAAACCACGCCCCCUCCUACAACGCCCACAACAGUCCCAACAACCACAGCCAGAGUUUGCAAAUACAACUCGAACAGAUGUCCAUUUACUACUGACUACACUUAUCAUAACGAAUGUUACCAUACAGGAACGACAAAAAUGUCUUGGAUACAAGCAAAGCACUACUGUGAGUCGCAGUGUGGACACCUUGCGACGUUUAAGGACCCCUUGACAAUGGAACGAAUACUUCGUUCUCUCACCUCUCAUCAUAUCACCACUCAUG